UGGUGAAGGCAACUCUCGAAGCAAAGGUUGUUUGGAAAUAUGAUAAUUGGAUUUUCUUUCAUUUUUGCUUUGUUUUGGUUUAUUUUUCUGACAUGCAGAAGCUUCAUCAAUAUUUUAUUGUCUUUGUUAUUGUCCCAACUUGUGAAGAAACUGUUCCCAGAAAAAAAUUUAGAGAUAACGGUUGAAGAUUUUGGAUAUUUUUGUGUAAAUGGAGUUGUCAUUCAAAUCAACAAAAACAGAGUGGUGAGGAUUGAACAUAUUGAGCUACAGUUUCUUUGGGAGGAAUUCAGUCUUAAAUUGCAGUCAUCAGCCAGAGAUAUAACACUAAAAGCCCAAAGGAAGUCUACCAAACAAGUUAAGAAUGGUAAAAGAGAUGACUGUGUUGUGAUAAAAGCUUCUAUAACUAUUGGCAUAAAUAUCUUCACUUUCAAUCAUCCUACUGAGCUGUUAUGUAUUGCACCUGAAACAGAGCAUGUACAUGAUACAGAUAUCAAGGUUUCUGAAUUAUCCUCAGUUUGGUUAUUUGCACGAAAUGCCAAUGUAUCCAUUCAAGAAAAACUAAAUGAGGAUGAUCUCAUUACUUACAAUAUAUCGACUUCAAAAGCAGAUGCGCUCGUCCUUUAUAACUCAAGUAUGGCCCGUCUCAUAUUUUUGUUCAAAAAUACCAACGCAACCUGUUUGCCAAGCAUUAGUGGAAAUGCUAUGGAACUCAAUACACAGGUAGCAAGUAGCGAAGGUUUGAUAUUGGUUUACAAAUUUGAAGAUGGUUUGUUAACAAGUUCUCACAGUCGACUUAAACAUACAGAAAUAAAUUUGUCACCUUCAACGAUCACUUGUUUGGAAAGCGUAAUAACCAAGAUUUUGAAUGAACAUUUUGGAGACAGCCAUGGAAACGCUUCUGAGGUUACUCACAAUGAUCCUGAUCCCAGUACGGAGAAGUGUGAAAAUAAGUGUGAGGUGGCGACAGAAGCGGAAAGUGUCACUGUAAACCUGUACCCUACUAACAAUUCAAGACAUUUUGAGCUAAAGCUGGCAUUUAUUAGUUUAGGUACUCCAGAGAAGAACACGAUACAGCGGAGUAUUAGUCUUCCUUUUGAACUGAUGUUCAUCGAUGACCGUUCUGGUUUAGAGAGAGAACAAGUUUUAGGCUCAAAGAUAAAGUCCGAAGGAUUAGUAAAUCCGUGUGUUUUAAAGGUCGAGGGAGAAGAAAUCUCCAAUGAUACGACGAAAUGGGAUGUCUUUUUUCACGAUGAGAUUCUCAUUGAAAUAAAGCCAAAAUACGUUGACACUCUGGAGACUUUUAUCAAAGCCUACAAACAAGACUCGUGCUCGUUACCAGACUCUUUAGAGCACAACAGUAAUAUGCCACAAACUGAUGACGUUGUAAAUGAAAGGCCAAUUGAGAAUUCUUACGAAAUAACUCCGGGAACGUAUGAGAUAUGUGCAAGUAUUUGCGAUAUAACCAUUGAUGUUAGAGAUACUUACGACGAGAAAUUACUACAAGUCCUCAUGAUAAAACCAAAGUUUUCGCUGUCACAAGAUCGGAACACAAGACGUUUUGGUUUUGAAAUUGAUACACUCAAGGGUUUUAAUUGUGUCCAGAAUAAACCAUUUUUCCAUCCAACUGAAGAAUCUGACGAGGAAAAGGCAAAAACUUCAUCCUUGGAAUUAUCCAUCGUAGAAAAACUAACAAAUGAUAGCAACAAAUUGUCAUUUGAGAAAUUUUCAUUUGGAAGUUGCGAUACAACUGUAGUUGUGGAGGAAACAUUGAUUUAUGCCAUAUUAAAAGACUUCGGAUUGCACACAAAAGUCGCCCAAGUAUUUCUUGAAAGUGCUGAAAAAGAAAGCGCAAAUAUAUCAAACUUAUCGCCACGAAGAUUACACUUCGAGCAUAUUGAGUUACGAGCUGUUGAAGUUAUCUUAACCUUACUACCAGCUAUUGAUCUGCCUGUUGAUCUUAAAGUUAUUAAAAACAACUUAGGAAUUCCUCACCAGUUGCCGCCAAGAUUUGAAAACGCUUGUUUAUAUUUUGACGCAUUCGUACGUAACAACAUCCAGUAUGGAUCAUAUAAAUACAUCUCAUAUGAUAUUAAGAAACACUACUUAAAGGAAUUGGGAAGUCAGUCUGGACGAGUGCUUGGUUCAAUGCAUCUUUUCGGAAAUAUAUCUCGUCUGAAACAAGACAUAAUGUCUGGAUUUACGACUCUUAGAGAAACAGGAGAAUUUAUCACGUUCUUUCAUCAGGUCACUACUGGUGUAGCUAGUUCAUACAGCAAGUUUGCUGGAUCAUGGUCAGAUUUAUUUGGUUUUAGUUCUGCAGGUCGUUCUGUAGACGAGCCUCAAGUAAGUCGUGAACGACGACAUUCAGAUCCGAGUGACCUUGACGUUGCUGUGUUGAGAAUGUCAGGAGAGUGUCUUCAAUUAAAUAGUACGCCUGAAAGAAAAUGCAAGGAUGACAACACAAUAGUGCUUGAUACGGAUGAACCUUCAGAAAGUAUUUGGUUAAACACAAGUUUCCUACCUGAUGUUACAAAUGAUACGGAUGGUCUUAAUUGGGAUACAGAGAGUAGUGAUGGAGAAGGAAAUCUAGGAAUUCCUCUGGAUCUUAUUCCACGAAAUGUGAAAAGACAAUUAAAAGGACAAGAAUUUUUACGAAGAUUGAAAGAAAAUCUUGGUGAUAACGAACAUGGUGAAGUGUUUGCUUGUUGUUUAAAAGUACGAAAGAAUGUCGCGGAAGCAAAGUUAAAUGCGUUGUUUUCAAAUCGCAAAGUUUACUUUCUCAAGGGUCGACCAAGUCAUGAGUCUUUAGUACUUUGUGCAAAGUAUGAGACUCUAUAUAAGGCGCAGUAUACACUCAAAGAUAAAACCUAUUAUGUUCAGCUGGUGAAAAAAAUGAAAGGAAUUAAAACUUUAUCAAUACCUUCAAGAAAUCCCAGUGAAAGUCCUCUAGUGCGUUGCGAUAACAUGCUUAUUGCGAGAAAGGUUUCAAGCAAGAUAAAUGAAUUAAAAAGAACCUACGAUCAUGAAUACUUGCAUAGUCAACAUCAAUAAGUCGUGUCAGUAUAUUUAUUUCUAGUACUUGUGCAAGAACAAAAAGCGGGGGGUGGGGGAAUAUAAAAUCGGGCAAGGUGCUUUAACCUUCGAGCAGAGAUUUAUUUUCGUUUCUCCUGGUCCUACAGCUUGACAGUACCGAGGGCUCGUAUUUGGACAUUGGUUGACCAUUAAACUAGUAUUGAAGACGAACGCCGCUUGAGCGAUAUAUUAAGAACUGUUUAAGCGAAAUCAACACGAAAACCACAGUCUAUUCCAUUUCUCUUUCUGCACGAUCGAAGAAAUUGAAAAUGAGCCUCUGCUUGAGCGGUUUCAACAAGA